GUCGCUAGCCGAUCACGCGAGCGUCAGGUUCUACAACAACAAACUGUUGUCUGAAGUGGAGCAUCUGAAACAUCUGAAACAUCUGAAGGAGAAAUUAAAUGAUUAAGUGACUGUCCAUAUUUUGGACAGAUUCUAUCGACGUCGAUGUAAUAGCAGAAUUUUAUAAACAACUUUAUUUUCAGAGCGUUGCUUGUUUGGCUAGCUAAACAAGCAACAGGAACACAGACAGACCCUAACGUGUCAGUCGUGACACCUGUAAAAUGCUCAUUAGAUAAUCGAUGAAAAAAGUAGACCGCUGUCUCGUCUGUUCAGAAUGAGCUUCUCAUCGGCGGGAGACAGAGAAGCUGACAUCCCCUUGGACAUGGACGACAGUGGGCUUACAUGUGCAGGGGACACCAGUAAACAGGACACAAUGAUCUGUUCUGGCAGUAGUGAAAUAAAAAGCAGAGCGGUCGUGAAGUACUCCGCUGCCCCACCUCCAACCAGUUAUGCAGUCCUACAAGAGAAGACCGACUUGAAACUACCCCCUGCCAACUGGCUCAGAGAGAACCCUCAGCUGGGUUCUGCUGGCACCACUGUGUUAGGGUCCAGCAGUAAGAGCAAACCAUUCUCCAGUUUUGGCAUGGCCUAUGACUUCAUUGACUGCAUCGGGGAUGAUGUUGAUGUGGUGUCAGAUUCAGAGAACAUAAAGAAGCUGUUGAAAAUUCCUUACAGUAAGUCGCAUGUUAGCAUGGCUGUUCACCGAGUGGGAAGAACGCUGCUUUUGGAUGAACUAGAUAUUCAAGAGCUGUUUAGGAGGUCCUCCCAAACAGGAGAUUGGGCAUGGCUGAAGGAGUUUUACCAACGGCUAAUGGAUCAAAAGUGGCAAAGGAAGAAGAAAAGUAAAGAGCAUUGGUAUCAAAAAGCCAUCCUAUCAAAGUUCCUUUACUACAGUAUAAAUGGUGAUGGAGCUGCAGCGCCAGUACCAAAGGACAUGGUCGAUGAAGUGGAGGAGGAGAUCGAGGCAGAGGAGUUGAGGUCUUCAUGGCCGACCACCCUCACCACUCCAGAUGAGGACGACUCUGCUCCGGCCAAAGAGGAAAGCGUCUCUGUGGACAGCCAGUUUGCCCUCGGCCAUGUGUCAUCGGUUCCAAAUGAACAGAAUCUUCCCACACUUUUCAAUGAAGGAGAAAACAGUCAGGGUUUACGGAAUGACUUUGUGCGUAACAUCAUGUGGACCUUUGAAGACAUCCAUAUGCUGGUGGGCUCCAACAUGCCCAUAUUUGGAGGAGGUCGAUAUCCUGCCGUCAGCCUAAGACUAAGAGACAAUAAUAAGCCCAUCAACAUUCUGACUGGCAUUGAUUACUGGCUGGACAAUCUUAUGUGCAAUGUUCCAGAGCUUGUCAUGUGCUUUCACGUCAAUGGCAUAGUGCAGAAAUAUGAAAUGAUUAAAACCGAAGACAUCCCUCAUCUUGAAAACUCCACAUUUUCGACUCGGGUGAUAAAAGACAUCGCUCAGAACAUCCUCUCCUUCCUUAAGUCCAACUGCACCAAAGAGGGACACACUUACUGGCUUUUCAAAGCCAGUGGGAGUGACAUAGUGAAGCUGUAUGAUCUCACCACACUGUGUGAAGAGGCGGAGGAGGAGUGUCAGAAUCCCUUCACUCUGCCUGUGGCUGUCUUACUUUACAAAGUGGCUAGCAACUUGAUGCUUAAGGCCCACCAAAACAGAAAGCAUUAUGGCACAGUCAGAACUCUGCUUCUCAACUGUAUAAAACUUCUAGACCAGGACAAACACCCUCAGAUCAUCGCUUCCGCCAACUACAUGCUGUCGGAGCUCUUCCAGCUGGACGACCCCACUGAGGAAGAUGAGGGGGAGUCACUCCGGGCCGGAGGGUCAGAGGACAGCUACAGUGAUGAAGAGCGAGAGGAAGAGGAGGAGCUGACAGAGGAGAGCGAUGAGAACAGCUCCUACGCUCGCUCUCAGCGGGACAGUAAGGCCGUAGCUGUCAUCCGCUCUGUAGUAGAGCUCUCUGUGCCCGAGAAGUACAAGUCUACUCAUCAGAUCAGACCAAACUGUUCUUUUCCUGUUUCUCAAGACAAAGAAGAAAGAUGCAGACAUGUUCUAAGUUAUGUAUUAAAGAGUUUAAAGGCAGUGGAUCUCACCAUAAAGAAGGAAAGUGAUCUACCUGCUGCAGACCCAAACACGCCCAUCCCACUGAAAUAUGAGGAGAGGAGUACCACAGGAGCCUGCUCGCCUGAAAACGACAUCUCACUACUUUUGGAAAGAACUGGCAUUGUACAUGAGGACCAGAAACACCCCACUCGCUCUGGAAUGAUCCCCGGCUCUUGGCAACACCGGAUGAAGAUGCAGCUCUUCCUCAAAGCCUCCAAAGCCUACUAUGUCCUCUCUGACGCUGCCACCAACCUACUGAAGUACGGACGAGCUCUGCGUUACAUCAAACUCGCUCUGCAGUGCUAUGAUGCCUACUGUUCUGUUAGCGGUACUCUACACCCUCAUGUGCUGCACUUCCACAGCCAGUGCCUGUCUCUGUGUGGAGACAUCCAGCUCAUGUUGGCACAGAACAUUAACAACCGAGCAGCCUACCUGGAAGAGUACAACUACCAGACCAAAGAGGACCAGGAGAUCCUGCACAGCCUGCACCGCGAGAGCAGCUGCCAGGCCUUCAACAUGGCGACAGACUUGGCCAUGGACCCAGAGUACCAGCUGUUUGUAAGCUGUAAGUGUUACGAGGCGGCUCACGAGCUUUUGCUGUGCGACACUCUGAAGGACAGUGCAGGAGAGCAGCUCAAACAGGUUCUCAAACGCCUGGGCAACAUCCGCAAUGAGAUGGGAGUGUUCUACAUGAACCAGGCUGCCGCCAUGCAGUCCGAGAAAGAAGUGAAAAAGUCUGUGUCAGUGGCUGAGCAGGAGAUUUGGAAGAAGAGCUUUGGCUUUUUUGAGAAAGGCAUGAAGGACUUUGAGGCGAUUGGAGACAGCACCAACACGGCCCUGCUCCUUUGUAAUACUGGCAGACUCAUGAGGAUCUGUGCCCAGGCUCACUGCCCUGUGUAUGACGACCUGAGCAGAGCAGAGUUUUCACUAGAAGAGGCACUCUAUUAUAAUAAGGCCAUAGACUACUACUUACGUGCAAUGAAGUCUUUGACCACUAGAGAGAGCCAUCCUGCUGUAUGGGACAGUGUCAACUGGGAGCUGUCCACCACUUACUUCACUCUGGCCACACUCCUGCAGGACUAUGCUCCACUGUCCAGGAAGGCUCAGGAGCAGAUUGAGCGAGAGGUGACAGAGGCCAUGAUGAAGUCUCUGAAGUACUGCGACCUGCAGACAGAAUCGGCACGACAGCCUCUAUACCAGUACAGAGCAGCCACCAUCCACCACCGCCUGGCGUCCAUGUACCACAGCUGCUUCCGCAACCAGGUGGGAGAUGAGCAUCUGAGGAAGCAGCACCGCAGCCUGGCUGAGCUGCACUACAGUAAAGCGGUCAAUCUGUUCAUAAGCCUCAGGGACGCCCCCUGUGAGCUGUUACGGACACUGCUGGAGAGGGUGGCCUUUGCUGAGUUCACUAUGGCAGGUCAAAACAGCAGUACAGCUAAGCUAAAAAGUCUCACCGCAGCUCUGGACAUCAUGACUGAGACGAGACAUGCUUUCCAACUCAUUCAUAAAGAGCUGAUAGAGGAGGAGAUGGAGAAGGAACAAGAUAUGACUGAAUCAGCAGAAUCCUCGGACUUGUCGACUGAUGAUGGGUCAGGACUCAACAUUCAGGAAGUAAUCAAGUUAAUUGGAGUCUUUGAACCAAGCUUCUCCUUCCUGUUGCUCCAGGUCAUUAAAAUUCUAACUACAAUAAAACGUAAACCAAGUGGAAGGGAUGAGGAAUUGCUGAAAACCUACAAGAAUGUCUACUCCAACUUACUGCGUUCAGAGAAAAACGCCCCUCUACUAAUGCGGGUCAAGUUCUACAUCGAGCUCCUCAACCAGCUGAAGGCAGAAACUGACAGUAACAAUCCAGAUUCAUAGCAGAAUUUUCUCUAGGCUUAAAAAAAACAACCAAAAUGCUUAAAAGAGUGUCUUCACUUCUAACAAUAAUGAUCACAUUUGUUACACGACAGUGACAAGUCCAGUUUCACCUUUGAAUUUAAGAAUCUUACAAAUGUAUACAAAGAGUUUUUUUCCGCAGUAUUCUUUCCAGUCUUGUUUCAGUUUUUAGUUUGCUUAAAUAUUUGAUUGGAAAAUUGAAAUCUGAAAUCCAAAUUGGGAUUUUACAUGCUUUAAGAUUGAAAGAAAAAUGUUGAAGAAUUCCACAUAAGUGCCCAUUGUGCAAAGUUGCUGCACACAUUUUCAAAAUUAUUCAGCAUUCUAUAUUUAUGUUGUAUUUUCCAUAACUUAACAAAAGCUUUGUAAUAUUGUAUUUGAUAAUGAAUAUUUGACUACUGCUGAUGUGAAAACCUAUGUUAUAAACUGUGAUCAAAGAUUUUACACACAGAAAAAGUUAUAUCCCAUACAGUCAGCGGCACCAGCAUUACUGUAAAUAAAGUUAAGUUCCUUUUGGAAGCUUUCACUAGAACAUUGUGUGCAAUAGAAGAGCAACUGCCAAUGCAAACGCAAAGUCUAGCACGGUGUACAGCUGUUAAGAAAAAGGCAUGCUUUGCCGUUUGACUUGUAAAAUAAAACUUGUAUGAUAGCUUUAA